AUGGAAACACAGAUAUUCAACGUCUCCGGUGUACAAUUGGAGCAGUCGACAACAUGGGUAUCUUCCAGCACCUCCCAGUCGCUCUUACACACGGUCAUGCCUGAACUAUUCAUGGGCUGGUCUAACUGGCAAUAUAUACUUACCUUUAUGCUAGGAGUGAUUGUCUAUGACCAAGUGAUGUACAUCAAGCGAAAGGGCUCUAUUGCCGGACCUGCAUUCAAAAUCCCACUCAUGGGACCAUUCGUGCAAGCUCUUCAUCCAAAGUUUGAAUCGUAUCUGGCACAGUGGGCAAGUGGUCCUCUGUCAUGUGUAUCGGUCUUUCAUAAAUUCGUCGUGCUGGCGUCAGAUCGUGACAUCGCCCACAAAGUAUUCAAAUCACCUACAUAUGCUGAGCCAUGCCUAGUCCCAGUCGCAAAAGAUAUUCUGGGCCACAAAGCAUGGGUCUUCCUUCAAGGAAAAGCACACGCAGAGUACCGCAGGGGUCUGACUCCUCUGUUCACAAACAAAGCCAUCGCCACGUAUUUCCCUGCACAGGAGCGUGUAUUUGCCGACUACUUCGACAAGUUCGUUGCUGCCAGCAAAGAGAAUAAUGGACAGCCGAUGGUAUUUAUGAGCCUUUUCCGGGAAAUAAACUGUGCGCUUUCAUGUCGGACGUUUUUCGGUGAUUACAUAUCUCAAAGUGCUGUCAAGAAGAUCGCCGACGACUUCUAUCUUGCUACUGCCGCCCUCGAGCUCGUCAAUGUCCCAUUUUCGAUCCAUAUCCCAUUCACCAAGCCUUGGCUAGGGAGAAGAACGGUACGCGCUGUACAUGCUGAGUUUGCGAAAUGUGCGGCUGCGGCGAAGGCCCACAUGGCAACGGGUGCAAAGCCCACGAGCAUCAUCGAUCACUGGGUGGCGCAUAUGAUGGAAUCUACUCAAUAUCGGGAGAGAAUCGCUGCCGGAGAGACAGAUGUGGAAAAGCCCUCGAACUUGAUUCGUGAAUUUACCAACGAGGAAAUUAGUGAGACCUUGUUUACCUUCCUCUUCGCGUCUCAAGAUGCAUCCAGCAGUGCAACAACCUGGCUGUUCCAGAUACUGGCUCAGCGGCCAGAUGUACUCAAUCGUCUUCGAGAGGAGAAUUUGGCUGCGAGAGGAGGGGAUAGGAACAAACCUUUCGACUUACCCAUGCUGGAAUCGCUCACUUAUACCAACGCCGUCAUCAAAGAGCUUCUCCGCUACCGACCCCCUGUCAUUUUUGUUCCCUACCUGGCGACCAAGAAUUUCCCUGUAACAGCGGACUAUACGGUACCAAGGGGGUCAAUGAUUAUUCCUUCAUGCUACCCUGCUUUGCACGACCCAGAUGCAUACCCUGACCCUAAUAUCUUCAAUCCCGACCGUUGGAUCUCGGGCGACGCGGAGUCUAAAACCAAGAAUUGGCUUGUGUUUGGAGCCGGUGCUCAUGACUGCCUUGCAAGAAGGUAUGUCCCGUUGUCGAUGGCUGCGAUGAUUGGAAAGGCAGCACUAGAGCUCGAUUGGACGCAUCAUGCUACGGAGAGAUCGGAAGAGAUUCGAGUGUUUGCUACGCUGUUUCCAAUGGAUGGCUGUCAGUUGGUCUUCACAAAGCGCUCAUGA